GUGCCCGAAGACCCAUCGGCCUGAUCGUUGAUCGGUUGCGCCCGCUGAUAAACUGCAGUCUCCGGCAGCGCGCAACCUUUCAACGCCUCUUAACGGGUUUAGCUGUAGCGGUGAUUAUUUUUGGAUUAAAGACAAACCAGCUACUGUGGGAUCAGAGCUGAGCCCUUAUCGUGGAGGUUUGGUGCAACUUUAUUGUUGAAGGAGUCGACAGCUGAAAGAUCAGCAGACUUUCCAGCCUGUGGUUAUGGAAUAGAAAAGCGGAGAGGAGCCAGGCGUCAGGCCUGCGGAUAACUAACGUUAACAUUAGCUGGCUGAGCUAGCUGAUGUGAGGCAGUCUAUCCUUAUUUGAGUCUCUGUGCUAACUAGCAAGGUGCUAUUUUGUUAGCAUAACAGAAAGCAGGUUUGCUAGCUUGUUUUGGUGUGGAUAUAUUGAAGGAACUUGCAGGGGUUCAUUAUUGUUACGCGUUUCCUGAACUUUCUUGAAGUUUUAAGCUAACGGUGUAUAGGAAAGGACAUAGUGAGCUAACUUGGGUCUUUGUCAUUCAAAGUUGAGCUUUUGACUUGGGCGGCGGAAUGAGUGUUGAGUUAAAUUAACUGUAUUUUUAUAUAAGGGGAUUGCAUGUUGAUGAUCAAAUAUCAGUUAGACGCAGUCCAGACCGCACAGUCUCUUUGCCUCUCCACGGAACUACAGUUUAAAUCUUUUUCGGACCCCGUCGUACAUACCAUUGCCUCUUGUCUUUGGCCGGCUUCUGUGGCUGGCCACUCGGCACUGGGUGCCCAAUGGAGGAACAUGACAACAUGGACUAUUUUUACCAGCAGGUAGUGCAGAAAGAUGUUACCCGCAGGUUGCAGGUCGGUCAGGACCUCAUUGACUACCUGAACGACCCGCAUCGCUCCCCGGACGUGGAGCAGGACAAACCUCGUCUGGAUAAAACCAUAGACGAGCUAACGGGAUGGGUGAACUCCAGCAAUUUCAAGGUGGCAUUGUUGGGGAUAGACAUCUGUGGUGCGUUUGUGGAACGCAUGGGAGAGCGGUUCAAAGGUUACCUGGGCACAGUUUUGCCAGCUUUGGUGGACAGGCUGGGCGAUGGAAAGGACCAGGUCAGGGAGAACAGCCAAGCUCUCAUCCUUCGCUGUAUGGAGCAGACUGCCGCGCCCAUGUACGUUUGGGAAAGGCUGCUUCCUGGUUUUAAACACAAGAACUUCCGCUGUCGAGAAGGAAUCUGCCUCUGUCUCAGUGCCACACUUAGCACGUAUGGAGCUCAGCCACUGAGCCUCAGCAAACUUGUUCCUCAUCUCUGCUCUCUGACUGGAGACCAGAACCCUCAGGUACGUGAGGCCUCCAUUACGACAUUGGUGGAUGUCUAUCGUCAUGUUGGAGAGAGGGUCAGAGCAGACCUGGGAAAGAGAGGACUACCUGCUGCACGGCUACAGACGUUAUUCGCUCGUUUUGAUGAAGCCUUGAAUUCAGGCAACAUGGCUCUCAGCCCAAGUCACGAUCGUAGUUUUGAGGAUGAUGACAGCGUGGAUGGGAAUCGCUCUUCCUCGGCCCAGGCUGCCUUCAAGGUCCCAAAAGUCCCCAAGAAACCUGCAGAGUCUUCCGCUGCGCGCAGGCCCAGCGCUACUGGUGGCAAGCUAGUAUCUAAGGAAAGUGCUGGUGCGAUUGAUGAAGAGGACUUCAUCAAGGCCUUCACAGAUGUCCCCACUGUUCAGAUCUACUCAUCGAGGGAUCUCGAGGACAACCUGAAUAAGAUUCGUGAGAUCUGCUCUGAUGACAAGCACGACUGGGACCAGAGAGCCAAUGCCCUGAAGAAGAUCCGCUCACUAUUAGUGGCAGGCGCAUCCAACUACGACUGUUUUUACCAGCACCUACGGCUCCUGGAUGGAGCGUUCAAACUGUCAGCUAAAGACCUGCGCUCACAAGUUGUCCGAGAGGCCUGCAUCACUGUGGCCCACCUCUCCACCGUGCUGGGGAAUAAAUUUGACCAUGGAGCGGAAGCAAUCGUUCCAGUCCUCUUCAACCUCAUCCCCAACUGUGCCAAAGUCAUGGCCACCUCUGGUGUGUCAGCUAUCCGCAUCAUCAUACGGCACACUCAUGUCCCCAGGCUCAUUCCCCUGAUAACCAGUAACUGCACAUCCAAGUCUGUCGCUGUUAGAAGGCGCUGUUAUGAUUUCUUGGACCUUCUACUACAGGAGUGGCAAACCCACUCUCUAGAGAGGCACACAGCGGUUCUAGUUGAGAGCAUCAAGAAGGGAAUUCGAGAUGCAGACUCAGAGGCCAGAGUGGAGGCCCGCAAGGCCUACUGGGGUCUGAGGAACCACUUCCCAGCAGAGGCUGACGCUCUCUACAACUCUCUGGAGUCGUCAUACCAGAGGACCCUUCAGUCCUGCCUGAAGAGCUCUGGUAGUGUGGCCUCCCUUCCCCAGAGUGACCGCUCCUCAUCCUCGUCUCAGGAGAGCCUCAAUCGGCCUCUCACUUCUAAAUGGUCAGCAGCUCCAGGGCGAGUCCCUGCGGGUUCAAAGGGAGGCGUGUCGUCGACCUCCCUGCAGCGUUCCCGUAGCGAUGUGGAUGUAAAUGCAGCAGCAGUCGCUAAGCACCGGCACGUCGGACAGACAAGGGCGACGGGGCGCCUGCCCCCUGGCUCCUACUCCUCACUGGGGACCAGGUCAGACAAUGGCCGUGUACGUACCAAGCAGACCUUGUCCACUGCCAGCAGUGUGACCAGCCAGGUGGAUUCACGAGGACGCAGCCGCACCAAGAUGGUCUCCCAGUCACAACGUUCCGACGAAUCCGAUUGCACACCAGCUGGCAGUCGGAGUGGCUCCCCGGGUCGCGUGCUGACAAGUACAGUCCUGAGCACCAUGAGCUCGGGGGCCCACAGGGUGCUUGCUGGAGCCAGCGGGGACGGACACAGACGCAGCCGCAUCCCACGCAGCCAGGGCUGCUCCAGAGACUCUUCUCCCACCCGCCUGUCUGUUGCUCCGUCCAGCAUUAGUUCCAUCUACAACGGAGCAAGUAGAGGAGCUCGGGGCAGUCGUAUCCCUCGCCCAAGUAUGAGUCAGGGCUGCAGCAGAGAGGCCAGCAGGGAGAGCAGCCGGGACACCAGCCCCGUACGCUCCUUCACACCCCUUGCGACGCGGAGCUACUCUCGCUCCACCGGAGCUCUCCACACACCUGACACUUUUGGGGCUGCAGGAUCAGGUUUUGGUAUCAGUCAGUCCAGUCGUCUCUCCUCCUCAGUCAGUGCCAUGAGGGUCCUCAACACAGGCUCAGACGUAGAAGAGGCUCUCGCAGAUGCACUGCUGUUGGGAGACAUGCGGUCCAAGAAGAAGCCAGCUCGGCGGCGGUACGAAAACUACAGCAUGUACUCGGACGACGAUGCCAACAGUGAUGCAUCCAGCGCCUGUUCAGAGAGGUCUUACAGCUCCAGGAAUGGAGGAGCCAUCCCAACCUACAUGAGACAGACAGAGGACGUAGCUGAGGUGUUGAACCGUUGUGCCAGUGCCAACUGGUCAGAGAGGAAGGAGGGACUGUUGGGCCUGCAGGCGCUGCUCAAAAACCAACGCACCCUCAGUCGGGUGGAGCUGAAGAGGCUGUGUGAAAUCUUCACCAGGAUGUUUGCCGACCCUCACAGUAAGCGAGACUCCGGCAGGGUGUACGGCACAGCAGAAUCCGGUAUAAGCUCUGCCUCCUUCAAGAGAGUGUUCAGUAUGUUCCUGGAGACACUGGUAGACUUCAUUCAGGUCCAUAAGGAAGAUCUGCAGGACUGGUUGUUCGUCCUGCUCACACAGCUGCUGAAGAAGAUGGGAGCCGACCUGCUGGGCUCUGUGCAGGCCAAAGUCCAGAGAGCCCUGGAUGUCACACGAGAGUCUUUCCCCAAUGAUCUCCAGUUUACUAUUCUUAUGAGGUUCACUGUGGACCAGACACAGACACCCAAUCUCAAGGUGAAGGUGGCCAUUCUGAAAUAUAUUGAGACGCUGACGUUACAGAUGGAAGCUCCUGACUUUGUGAACUCGAGUGAGACUCGGCUAGCCGUUUCCCGCAUCAUCACUUGGACGACUGAACCCAAGAGCUCUGACGUCAGAAAGGCAGCCCAGUCGGUGCUAAUCUCGUUGUUCCAGCUCAACACUCCAGAGUUCACCAUGCUCCUGGCAGCUCUGCCCAAAACCUUUCAGGAUGGAGCAACCAAGCUGCUUCAAAACCACCUGAAGAACACGGGCAAUGUAGCACAGGCACCAAUGGGCAGCCCUCUGACACGCCACACCCCCCGAUCUCCAGCCAGUUGGUCCAGCCCGGUCACUUCCCCUACCAACACCUCCCAAAACACCCCCUCACCAAGUGCAUUCGACUAUGACACAGAGAACAUGAACUCAGAGGACAUCUAUAGCUCGCUCAAAGGCGUCACUGAGGCGAUUCAGAACUUCAGCGUCCGCAGUCAAGAGGACAUGAAUGAACCAGUGCAACGGCGGGAGGGGGAGGAGGGGGACAGCGGGACAGAUGGCAGAAUGUCGGACUUGAUGGACGGAGGCCGAAUGGCUCUGGACAACAAGACAUCCCUCCUCAACACUCCCUUGCUCUCCUCCAGCCCCCGAGGAGCCCGUGAGCACUUCUUAGACUCUCCCUUCAAACACAGCCGCAAAGAAAGCAGCAUGGACGACUCGGAGCUCCUCACUGAUGAUAGCAGCCUGGACCAAUCAGAGCUGGUGGCCGAGCUUCUAAAGGAGUUGUCCAAUCACAAUGAGCGCAUCGAGGAGAGGAAGGCAGCACUCUGUGAGCUGCUGAAGCUGAUUCGAGAAAACACCCUGCAGGUGUGGGAUGAACACUUCAAGACCAUCCUGCUGCUCUUGCUUGAAACGAUGGGUGACAGAGAGCACGUGAUCCGAACCCUGGCUCUGCGAGUACUGAGGGAGAUUCUCAGCAAGCAGCCUUGGAGGUUCAAAAACUACGCAGAGCUCACUAUCAUGAAGGCCCUGGAGGCUCACAAAGACCCCCACAAGGAGGUGGUUCGAGCAGCAGAGGAGACGGCAGCCAUGUUGGCGUUGUCCAUCAGUCCAGACCAGUGUAUCAAGGUGUUGUGUCCCAUCAUCCAGUCAGCUGACUACCCCAUCAACCUGGCUGCCAUCAAAAUGCAGACCAAAGUGGUGGAGAGGGUUCCCCGUGAGGGCCUGAUCAACCUGCUGCCUGAGAUAGUGCCAGGACUCAUACAGGGUUACGACAACUCUGAGAGCAGUGUGAGGAAAGCCUGUGUGUUCUGCUUGGUGGCCAUUUAUGCAGUGAUCGGAGAGGACCUCAAACCGCACCUCAGCCAGCUCUCCAGCAGCAAGCUGAAGCUGUUGAAUCUGUACAUCAAGCGUGCCCAGUCCGGCUCCGGUGGCAGCGAACCCCCGUCUGAGGGCCUAUAGGAGACACAGCGCCCUCCCACUGGACAACUGCAGAACUGCAACGCUGCCCACCAAACAUAAACAUGAGCUCACACUCACACAGACUGAGAACAAAACACACACCCUACACUAUCACAGGAGCAAACUGCUUACAGUCACACAUACGCUUACACACACACACACACACACAGGUACACACAGUCUUUGUACAUUUCCUGUCCCACUGCAAGAUGGGAGUUGUGGUGAACAAGAGAAGAGUGCUGUAGUUCCUCCUGACCAUGGCUGAGGAUCCGCUCUAAACUCAGACUGAAGUGAACCUUUACAUCUGGAUUACACAUAAACAGUCACAUAAUCUACCCUGUCACUAAUCACUCAAGGAUGAAGAUAUGAAAUGUCCGUCCUCUCCAGCUCCUUCAUAUGCCGAACACAUCAGUAUCCCCUCUGAGUAACAUCUUGAUGUCAACAGGAAGUGGCGCAACUGCAUGGUUCUCAUUUUUUUUGGGGAGGGGAGUUAAGGUUCAUAGAACAGGCCUGAGACAAAACGAAUGGUGCCGCUUUGUGUCUUUCUUUAACAGCAAGGAACUGGGGCCACAUAGACAGGAAUGUAAAUUUACAUUGUGUCAUAGUUUGGAUUUAUUUUACACAAUGAGGUUUUACUGCAGCGGUUUUUAUUGUCUGGAGUUUUCGCUCUCUCUCUCUCUCUCUCACACACACACACACACACAUAAACACACACUUUCUCUCUUUCAGAAAGGUGCUGAUUAGCCUAAAAGGUACGACCCAUCAACCCUGCGCAACACUAACACUAGUCACAGUGGGUCUUGCCUGCUCAUAGCAAAUACAGUACAUAGGCAGAUUCCAAAGUAUAGGAGGCAUUGUGUGCUUGGCUAUGCAUGAGACUAAAUUUUAAAAAGAACUUUUAUUGGGGUCCUCUUGACAGUCAGAAGAGUGUGACUGGGGUUUUAAAUUAAUGUGAACAAUGUCCGCCCCUUUCAGAAAUUAUCCUUGGUGUCCUGCGUUUCUCCCGGCUCAUCUGGGAUCAGUCCACUUCUGUGCAACAUGGGGAGGAAAGAUGGGAGCGUGCUGCUUACUACAUGAAGUAUGACAGGACAUGGCUUAUCACAUAGUGGAUAUGUAUCUAUAUAUGAUAUUAAAAUGGAAUAUCCAGUAACAUUGACAUUUAGGAGAGUCCCCCGGCGUGGUGCACGAGCGCACCUGUGCCUCUUCUUGUUUUUAUUUUCUCUCUCUGUUGCGCGUACUGUAGUCUCUUUCUCUCUCACACACACACUCAUGUUUUCUCAGCUGAGAAAUUUGUAGAAAUGUAUUAUUUACAGCUCUGAAAAAAAAUACUGUCACCCUUUUCAUUGUGUCUUUCUUUCCCCCCCUCUUCUUGUAACAUUCUAGUUUUCACUGUUGUGUUUCCUCAGUGCAUUUAAAAAGCUGUGCUUACAAUAAAACCAAGAACUUGUACAGAC